CUGAAGUCAGUUAUUUAGAAAUACUGCACUGUUCAAUAUAGAGAACGCCAUUGUGGAAGGAAGUCUUUUGCGCCCACUUGGACAAUAACGUCACUGCGUAGAAGUCUCGAUCUCCAGCUAAUUUUAUAACCUUAUAUAGAUAAUACUUCUCAACUAACGCAAUGGCUGAUUCUAAAUCAUCGAAAGAAGAUUUGGUCAUCAUGGCCAGACUUUCUGAACAAGCUGAAAGGUACGAUGACAUGAUGAAACAAAUGAAGGAACUGGCAAAAUUAGGGGACCCGUUGUCUUCCGAGGAAAGAAAUCUCUUUUCCGUUGCUUACAAGAAUGUAGUAGGAGCUCGAAGAUCAGCUUGGAGAGUCUUAACCAGUAUAAGACAACGAGAGGAAGAAAGAGGAUCGGAUGAAAUGAAGAUUACCCAAGCCGCAGAAUACAUUAAACAGAUUGCCAGUGAGAUUGAAGGAAUAUGCGCCGAAGUCGUGGAACUUGUUGACCAAUAUCUUUUGAAAAGCAUCAAAGACAAGGAGGAUCACGAGAGCGUAACGUUUUAUUUAAAAAUGAAAGGAGACUACUAUCGAUAUGUCGCCGAAGUGCUGGAUACAGACGAACAAAAAACCAACUCAGACAGUGCUCUUGGUGCAUAUGAAGAAGCUUACAAAAUUUGCAAAGAACAAAUGCAUGCUGCUCAUCCAAUCAGGCUCGGUCUGGCUCUCAACUUCUCGGUAUUUUUCUAUGAAAUACAAGCUGAUCCCGAACGCGCCCAAGCAAUUGCCAAAGAGGCAUUUGACGAAGCGAUGAAAGUAAUAGAGAAUAGUGAAACCGAUGAUAAGAAGGUCAAGGAUAGCACCUUAAUCAUGCAGCUUCUACGUGACAAUCUUUCUUUGUGGUCUGCUUCGGAGCAAGAAGACGGCGAUGGUGAUAUGGAAGGAUAACUCGAUCAGUAAAAAGCAAUAACAAUAAUAUUGAAAGACUGCAUUGGGCGAAAAAGCCAUUCAGAAAAAAUUUCCUCUCAGUAGGGAUUGAAUGUUAUAUUUGUGAAGUUUUUUUUUCUAUACCUUAUUCUUGAACGACCAAAAACCAUGCUACUUUACACUCAGUUUAGAAAUAUUUUAUGUUUAUAAGAGGCCCAGUACGGCGGGAAAUCCGCCUCGAAGACGUUAUUUACCCAUUGUUCGCCAAAACACAUCAUUUAACUAUUUGAUGCUUUACUGAGAAUGAUGGUAUUUUAAACUGGAUAUAUGUCCCUAUGCUUUUCUGUUUCUAUUACUAUAAUCACGUUGUCAACCUGUACUAAUAAAUGUUGAAAAGCUUAAAUACAAUUCUCGAAAAUGUUGAAAUUUUUCUCAAAAUUACACAAACCAUCGAUAAAUGUAGAAUAUUUAUAGUAUACUUUGUUCUCAAUCAUUUUUAUCUCAUUUACCACUAGUCGUUGUAGUAAACCAUUUUAAUAUUGCAAACUAAAUUGGUGUAUAUCUUCCUUUGUAACACUUGCCACCAUAAUAUCAAACGCUUCUCCUAUCAAUGAUACUUGAUAAAAUCUGUAGAAAUAUUUUGGUUUAAAUACACUAAUUUGUCAAUCGCUAUAUAUUGCAUUAUGUUAUUUAAUUACCGAUUCAUUUAAAAUUGCUUCACUCCACCAUUAUGAGUGAAUCAUUAUUUUUUUGGUUAACCCCUUGGUGGCAUUAUAAAUAUAUGAUAUGUAACCAUCACGUUGAGAAUUAUGAAUACAUAAAACGUUUUCUCAAACUGUUAAAUGCACUAAUGUUAUAUGUUAAGAUAACCAUGUCUACAAUCGUGAUGCGUUUCUGAAGCAGUAUUUAGCGGAAUAAAUACCCGGAUUUUUGCA